CCCUGGUGAGCUCACCACCUCCUUCCCAGCCACUUCCAAGCACCCAGCCUGUGUCUGCCGAGGGCCUCCUACACACUACCCCACACCAACAUGUGCUUGCUGCCUGUGCCUCGGGAGCCCUUGCGCCGUGUGGCCAUGACCGGGGACACCCACGGCAAUGAGAUGUCUGGCGUCUACCUGGCACGGUACUGGCUGCAGGCUCCGGGGGAGCUACAGAGGCCUAGCUUCUCCGCCACACUCUUGCCGGCCAACCCAGAGGCCACAGCCGCCUGCCGACGAUAUGUGGGCCGAGACCUCAACCGAACCUUCACCAGCUCCUUCCUCAUUGCCAGGGCCGCCCCGGAUGACCCCUAAGAGGUGACCAGGGCCCGGGAGCUGAACCAGCUGCUUCGGCCCAAGUCCUCCAGCCAGGCCUUCGACUUUAUUCCGGACCUGCACAACACCAAGACCAACGUGGGCACCUGCCUCAUCGCCAAUGCCGCCCACAAAGUGUUUGCCAUGCACCUGCGCCGGUACCUGCAGCUGCAGAUCCCCGAGCUGCCCUGCCGGGUCUUCGUGUACCAGCAGCCGGGAGAGGAGAGCAACAGCCUUGACUCGGUGGCCAAGAACGGAAUGGCGCUGGAGCUGGGCCCCCAGCCUCAGGGAGUGCUGCGGGCCGACCUUUUCUCACAGAUGAAGUCCCUGGUGGGCGCAGCUCUGGACUUCAUUGAGCUCUUCAACCAGGGCACUACCUUUCCGGCCUUUGAGAUGGAAGCCUACAGAAACGUGAGCCACCUGGACUUCCCAUGCACCAAGGACAGGGACCCGGCGGGCACUGUGCACCCUCAGCUGCAGGACUGAGGCUUCGAGCCACUGCAGCCUGGUGCAUCCAAUUUCCAGAUGUUCAGCGGCAAGGAGAUGCUGUGUGGGGUCACCAUGUACCCCAUCUUCAUCAACGAGGCCGCCUAUUAUGAGAAGGGCACUGCCUUCAUCCAGACUGAGAAGCUCACGUUCUCUGUGGCCACCCUGCCCGCGCUGACCCCUACCCCCAUCCCAGGUCCCUAA